AUGGCGUGGCGAGACGUGGGCUUCCCGAGAUGGGGGCUCCCAACGAUGCGGCUCACGGUCCGGUUUCUGGCGGGCGCUCCCAUGGAGCGCCAGCUGCGCUUCGACACCCGUGUCGUCAGGCGGGAUGGCCGUAAGGAGAUCGUUCGGACGUAGGCGGUGUUAGGGUUAGGUUAGGGGUUGAACGAUGUGUGCUUUGAAACGUUUGCGAGGAUGUCGACGGGGACUU